AUAAAAGCCGUUGUGCACUUCAAAUCCAAAACAUCCACGAAAACUAGACACUUUCAAAUCAACACACCGAUGGGUCAACGGAAAACUUUCCUCCUCUCGUCUUUGGCCGCCAUCCUCUUAGCAGCGCUCAUCCAGGGAAGCCAUGCAGUGGAAUACACCGUAACAAACAGUGCCGCGUCCACCCCAGGUGGUGCCCGAUUCGAGAGGGACAUCGGGGUCCAAUACACCAAGCAAACACUCGACUCCGCCACUAAUUUCAUAUGGAGGAUCUUCCAGGAGAACGCUCCUGCAGACAGAAAGAACGUCCAAAGAGUUGACAUGUUCGUCGAUGACAUGGAUGGUGUUGCCUAUACCAGCAACGAUCAGAUUCACGUAAGCGCGAGGUACAUCCAAGGUUACUCGGGCGAUGUUAGAAGCGAGAUUACCGGGGUUCUCUACCAUGAGAUGACGCACGUUUGGCAGUGGAAUGGGAACGGACAGGCUCCGGGAGGAUUGAUCGAAGGAAUCGCGGAUUAUGUGAGGCUUAAAGCCGGGUAUGCACCGAGCCAUUGGGUGAAACCUGGGCAAGGCGACCGGUGGGAUCAAGGAUACGAUGUCACCGCCCGCUUUCUUGACUACUGCAAUAGCCUGAAAAAUGGUUUUGUUGCGCAGCUUAACAAUAAGAUGAGGAACGGUUAUAGUAAUGACUAUUUUGUUGAGCUGCUGGGGAAGUCCGUCGAUCAACUCUGGAACGACUACAAAGCUAAAUUUAAUAACUAAAUAUACGUGCUAAAAUGCUUUGAUUGAAUAUGAUGAAACUAUAUGUAUAGGAGAAUAAGUCUGUCCUGUACUCCAUGGAAUAAGUUGCAUUUAUAUGCAGCAUGCAUGGAAGGAUAUGGAUGGCCUCCUAAAAAGUUGGUCAUAACGAAAUAAAUUCCAUGAUAUUUUUAUCCUUAAUUUCGCUCAUUCCAAAUUUCAGAUCACCUAUUUUAAGUACAGUAUGUUUUUUUAUUCUGAA